AUGGGUAUCUGCCUGUCGUGCUGUCGCAGGAGGCGUUCCCCAGAACGCGAACCUCUGCUACCCAAACACUACUCUCGAGAGGUUGAUGUCGAUCCUGGCCCUCCACCGCUAUCCCAGUUCGACCGCGUUGCUGACAUCCUUGGUGCCUUGAAAGCGGGCAAGCUGCCUACUCAAACCCAGCUGAGCGACACUCUGCAAGCCUUGCUCAAUGCGGACAUACUCAACGUUAACCAUGUUGAUACUGGAUAUGGUGCCCUUAGUGAGAGCGGAAGGAAGGUUGUGACAGAUGUCAGAGAGGUUCUCGAUGCGGCUCUGCAAAUAGGGAUGGAGAAGAACAGCGAUGAUGUUGUCCAACAUCUGUUGUACCACAGUAGGAAGGUCGACUCUAGUCAAAUGCAGGCCGGCGUUGCUGUUGACGCUAACGGUAGUGCAAUGGAUAUGGACACCACGGCCAAGCAGCUACCCUCACAGGCUGAGUUGACGACGAAUACCGUCGAACUGCUUCGAUCGCUCGUCGUGCUGGCUCGGGUGCUCAUAACUUCCUCGACAUUCAACACUCUUUUAUCAGAUGCACUGGCUGCUUUGCGUGAGAUGGUUACAGACACUGUAGCCCACGUUGGGCGUCCCGCGUCCCGCGUGGAAGACGUUUCAGCGGAGAUGGAGGGCGUUAUACGUCCUGGAAGUAAUGCUGUUGGAGAUCUAAGGAGAAAGGCGACAGAAUCCAGCGAAGACUUCGUAGCUGGAUUUGGUGUGAUGAUGACGAAACACGAUGACGAAACGCAAGACAAUGGAACUUCGGAGCUAGCGAAGGAAGCUAUCGUCUCUAGACUCCAAGAGUCCAUGCUUCGCGCCAGUAGAGUAUCAGCUUACCGGCAGGCUCUCCGAACGGUGCUACUCCUCCUGCGUAAAUAUUCCAGUAAAUUGAGCACAAGUGUCUCUGACCUCUCAGGAGCCCGAUUACCCACUGUUGUGCCCGUUGUGUGGGCCGAACCCCCGCUGUCUGAUGCCCUCUCAAAUCUUGUGACCAUCCUUGAACGACUGGCUUCGGGUCAUUCACUUGAUGCUCUCCUGAACGCCCUACAGACGGUCACGUCCGAUGUCAUCAACAUCCCACUAGAAGCAGCAGCAUCCACAGAUACAGACAGUCGACGGGAGCUUCAAGCCUAUCUUACGAGUGUGGGAGAGUGGCUUGACCAUGCGCUAGCCAGGGCACGAUUUGCCGCUUCUCCCGAGGGGCGACGGGAUAUUGAGACGCUAUAUGACCGUGGCAGAGCACUUAUGGACAAGGCCUCCGAACAGAAUGCGGAGUGGGUGAGACAUGUCCGAGAUUUGGUCCACGAGAUGGACGCAUUUACCUCCGCGAUGGCGUCUGACCGGACAUCCCGCCGUCUCUUGCGAUCUCUGGACACGCUUACUGGCGAUAUUGCACUAUUCAGCUCUGCCACCACUAACGAGGCACCUGCACAGGCUCAGAGGAUAAAUCGAAGGUGGUGGCGCCGGACCCAACGCGACGUCCUUGUUUGGCUAAUCCCUCAGAUUCUCCGCGCAAUCAAAGCCAUACCAAUGCCACGCGUGGAGUAUAAGAGCGGGAAUUUGGACGUAGUCAUCGACACUUCGCUACUCACCCCCGGGACGGGUGUUUCGGCAUCACUGAUUCCAGACCGCAUCCGCGUCGAAAAUUAUAGCGAACUUCAGGUGGAUGUCACCAAGCGGGCUGCCUUGGUGGAUGCCGGUAAUUCGCAAGUUGGAUAUUCAGCGGGCGGCGUGCAGACGUACACGAGAACGAGAGUGCACGUUAACGGUUUGCGUGUGUCCGCCCGCAAUAUCGGCUAUUAUGUGCACUACGAGAGGUGGCACGGGAUGCUCGGGUAUGAAGACCAAGGAUUGCUCAGCGUAGAUGUUGGCCGACAGAACGAACAAGGCGAAGGCUUGACGGUUGAUGUGGAACUCGACCUGCAGACAGGCGAGGAUGCCGAUGGAAGUGCCAGUGAAGGCAACUGUGCGGAGAGUCUGUUCCGCGUAACAGACGUCAGCGUGGACGUGCCGGGUUUGCAAUUCGCGAUAUAUCGGAGCAAGCAUUGGUUGUUGAAUAAGUUCAUUGUCCAACCGCUAUCCGGACCCCUCGUACGGGCCAUCGCCGGGCAUAUUCUUGCACAGCAGAUCAGGACGCUGCUCGAAGCACUAGGGCGUUUCCUCGCAGGUGUGCAGCGGACUGCAGAGGGAUUGAACGAUGAGUUGGAGCCAAGCGGUGAAGUCUCAUACGAGGACUAUUGGGAGGCAUUUCUGCUGCAUGCCAGAGCGGGUGUAUCGGGCGAAGAUGAUACCGCCUCCGACGACUCGGAUUCGAGCACGGAAGACGAGUCCCAGACUGCUGCUCUCGUUGAGAGUCACACAAGGGCGACCCUCCAGGGCAUGAUUCGCACCACGGUCACGCAGCCCUUCCCUUCAUUGUCGAACCCACCCACCCCAGAUGAGAGUGCGUUGGCAGUAGGGAUCGGUCCGCAGAUCCUUCCUGGGAAGGGUGGUCCUGUUGAUGGCCCGAGGGCAAGCGAGUAUGGUGCCGUUGAUAUCACAAGAGAGGCGAUGGGCGAAUUGCAGGGAGCUGUGGAGUGCACGAACGGAACAGUGGAGAGCAUCAUGGAACAGACGGCUAAGGUGCGGGAAGAAGUUGAAGAGGCGCGAGAGCGGGGAGCUAUCAGGGAAGGAGUAGAAAGAAGGAGAAAGGGUUGGAAGAGUCGUGCAUUCGACAUGCAAUAA